AUGGGAAACGGUCAAAAGGCACAAAUGAAGCGUGAGCGUAACGCCAAGAACGCAAAGGGUAACGGUGUUUCUCAAUUAAAGACUAAUGAUGCUGCCAAGAACAUUAUCUGUAAGACCUGCUUCCAAACCUUCCUCUGUACCUCUCGUGAAAAAGCUUUGUCUGAACACUCUGAAAACAAGCACAACAAGUCUCUCAAGGAAUGUUUCCCUGAUUGGGUUGCUCCUGCUUAG